AUGUCCGAGAAUAUUAUCUGCUUCGCAUCGUGUUCACAUCCAAGCCAUCCAAGUAAAGACAUCGAAUACCGCCGUCUCUUCUCCGAACCGCUCACAAAGCCGGGCGGGACAAUCUCAUACGAAGGCUACCUUGGAGCCCUACAGCUCUACGGCCGAGAGGACCAACUUAUAAACAGCCACAAAGUACAUCGGUGCGAUAGGUGGGUAGCUCGAAACCCAGAGCUACACAAGAGAUACCAAGACCAGGCGCGUCGAGACGGAUAUAACCCAAGUGGCGGAUCCUCAAACGCCUUUACCGGCACAUAUCAUCCCAACCCUCCGCUAGGCGGACCCUUCUCACGACCAGGUCAUACCGACCCAGAAAUCCUCUUCCCACAUACCCCGCGACGUCAAGCGACGUCUACCGAAGACCAGGACGAACCAUUCUCCUCCACAAGUAGCGCCAACGCAGACACCAUGGCGCCUCCUCGACGUACCCCCCGCGACUCAAGUGGUCGCUUUACUCCCUCCGAGAACGCAGUCGCGGACUAUAAGGGAAAUGUACAGGCAAAGGCCGGAGAAAGUUCCCGGAACGCCAUUGGCGCGGCCGAAAAUGCACUUCUCUUGACCGAGGUGGUCAAGAAUCUCAUCAACUCUGGUGUUACCCCAGAGCUCAGCGAGAAAGCCAGCUCUAUCCUCACGUCCAUGGGAGAAAUUAAAGGACUAACCACCAGCCUCAACACGAUCAUUGGAUCCGUUAUUCGGGCCGCUCACUCUGGCGGCAGCGGAAGUGCCAGAGGCACAUCUAAAUUGUUUAACGACAAUCCUAUCCCCAUCGACCUUACCAAAUCUCCCUCUGUCCGAAAGAGACGCGCUACCGGUACACCCGAGCCCGACUAUGACGAAGACCUUCUUACGAUGUUUGACCUGCCGCUGUCAGCAGCCGCCCGCAUCGCGGGCAUCAGCAAGACCCUCGUCCCAUUGUUCGACAUGCCGCUCUAUCUCCCCAACCCAGGAUCGACCGCAGUGGCUUCCUACAUCAGCUCAAUCGCCGACAUCAACCUCUUCAACAAUGAAGCAAACACCCGCCGAUUGGCAAGAGAGACGGUCGCUUUCAUGAAGUCCCAGAGCUGGCAGCCCUCUGCUGGACUAGCCAUCCAGUACGAGCGACCUAUCACACCCGCAGAGGGCUUUGUCCCAUUGCAAGUUGUUGCAGACAAGCUGACCCAUUUGGGUCAGUCUUGGAAGCCGCUCACCAUCAACAACGGACACAAACGGCCACAGGUCAUUUCCGCCGACGAUGUCCGCCAGCGUAGCUGGGACACCUAUGAUCAAAUUGGUCAACCCCCCCCAAGAUAA